GUAUCAUUUCUUUCCUUUCUUCUACUCUUCCAAUCUUCUAUCAAAUAUUUCAUCCACAUUCGAAAACGCCUUGUCUGUCGCGUCUAAUUGGCAUCCCAACGCUCAACCUUUUGUUAAAUCUUUUUAUUUUUUUUAUUUUUUAUACUCAACCCCUCAUCAUGUCCGUGUCCUCCACUCCUGUUGCGAGUAAGAUCAUCCCGAAGGCAGCACGCUCCCCGAUUGAUCCUACGACAAUCAAGUACACAUCCGAGAAGCAGAAGUAUGCCGUUGCAGCCUUGGUUGAGGAGUUCACCAUCUCUACUCAGCUUCUUAAUGAUAUCAAGGAUAACUUCUUAGAAGGCAUGAAGAAAGGCCUCAAGAAAGAUGGCGAGACUAUUGCCAUGAUCACAUCGUUCGUCAUGGGUCGCUUGGAUGGAACUGAGGUGGGCUCUUACCUGGCUUUGGACGUUGGUGGCACCAACCUUAGAGUCGUAUCUGUCCAUUUGGAGGGUGGUGGAGUAAUUAAUACCCGCCAAACAAAGUACAGGAUUGAUGAGAAUCUCAAGGUUGGCGAUGCAAAAGCAUUGUUUGAUUUCAUGGCUGUCUGUGUUGACAAUUUCCUGGAUGAGCAUCAGAUUGUUGUCCGUGGCGACACCAAGAUCGAGCUUGGCUUCACGUUCUCAUUCCCAGUGCUCCAGACUGCCAUCAACCGUGGCACUCUCAUUACUUGGACCAAAGGCUUUAAUGCUACAGGCAUGGUUGGCAAGGAUCCAGUUGCAUUCCUUCAAGAUGCCUUUAAUAGACGCCAUAUCCCUGUUCGAGUUGCUGCCCUGGUUAAUGAUACUGUGGGAACUCUUCUAGCUCAUGCAUACAAUAACCCUGAAACCAUUAUGGGAGUUAUCUUUGGAACCGGAUCUAAUGGCGCCUAUGUUGAAAAGAUUUCCAAUAUUGAGAAGUGGAAAGGCGACGCUUCUGCUGAUGAGAUGAUCAUUAAUAUGGAGUUUGGUGCCUUUGAUAAGGAGCGUAACAUCUUGCCGCUGACCAUGUUUGAUAACAAGAUGGACAGAAAGUCAGUCAACCCCAAUAAGCAAAUACUCGAAAAGAUGAUUGCGGGGAUGUACCUCGGAGAGAUCACCCGAAAUGUGUUGCUCAACUUGAUCGAUCGUCGCUUACUGUUUGAGGGCCACAUUAGUGCUGACAUCAACCAGAUGUGGACUUUUGAGACUGCGUACAUGUCAACGAUCGAAGCAGAUUCCUCGCCACAGCUUGAGGAGACCCGCAAAAUCCUUGAGAGCACCCUUUCAUUCGCUUCUACGACGCUGAAUGAUCGUCAGAUCGUCAAAUGUGUCGUUCAGUUGGUAGGCCUUCGUGCAGCACGAUUGGGUGCAGCAGCUCUCGCAGGAGUGCUGGAACACACGGGUGCGUGGAAGCACAAGUCGGCGAUUGGGAUCGACGGUUCAUUGUAUGAGUACUACCCGAGCUUUGACACUGACAUUAUGGAUGCAUUGGUGGAAGUCUUUGGUCCAGACGUUCGCAAAAACGUGGCUAUCGGGCUUGCACAAGACGGCAGUGGGGUCGGUGCAGCUCUCUGCGCGUUGUUGGCUGCGAAGAAUGGUUUAGCUUAAAAAGACUGAAGGACGGAGGCAGAGAGAGAGAGAGAGAGAGAGAGGAGAAGAAGAAGUUUGAAAGAAUGAAUGGACAAAAGGUUACUAUCGUGGUGAAAAUCUUUUGAUGACAUGUUAUUAAAAAAAAAAGGACAAAAUUAUAAUAACAAUAAAAGAAAG